CACCUAGAAAGAAGCAACAUAACAGUCAGCAUGUACUCUCCGGUUCUUGAGACUAGUCGCAUCUUCUCUGAGCUAUGUGAGCAGUCGGAGCGCUUCGAUUUGCCACCCGAGGUCCUCGCGAACAAAGACCGCGUGUCCUUCUCUACAAGUCAUAAUGAAAUCUAUUUCCCCAUUCCUUUUAAGGAGACCGAGACUCUCGCUGCCCUUAAGGGAAUUGAGGGUUCCGUAGCCGCUGCAAUUGCGGACCUGCGUUUUGGUGCUGGAGAACCUCGUGGCAUUCAAAUCAAUCUUGAAGCUGCGACUGCCUUCGGGUGUCAAGCUUACAUGGCAAAGGUGGAUGGUCUGUCGAAAUUGGACCCGGGUGUGAAAUCGAAGUUAAAGAAUACGGAUUUGCUGGCUGCCCAAUCCAACGGCUACCGACGCAUGUCGGCGAAUCUUUACAAGACUAAGAUUCCCGAUGAAUACUUCCAUAUUCAUGGAUCGCUGGAGGCUACGACAACCCUGAACAUGAUUGGGCUGGAGGGCCAUCGGCCAGACCUGACUGACUAUGAAGAAAUCAUCAAGGUUAUUGAGAGCAAAGUACAGCAAUACACGGCUGCCGAGCUUGAAGAGAUGAACAAGGAGAGACGUCAGGCUGGUGUGACUGCUUACAAACAUGAAGACUUUAUCCAGACUCCCCAUGGAAAACUUAACAUCCAAGAGCCUGCAUGGAAGAUCAGCAAAUUGCCUGGUGACCUUCCUCCGACUCCUUUCCCAGCUCGACGCAACGGUAGCAAGAGAAUCCUCGAGGGCGUCAAGGUACUGGAGAUGUGCCGUAUCAUCGCCGGGCCGACUGUUACUCGUAUCUUAGCUGAGUAUGGUGCCGAUGUUUUGAAGAUCACCAGUCCCAGCCUUUCCGAUGUUCCUUUCUUCCAAGUCGAUGGUAACAUGGGCAAGCUUGCAGCAGAUCUGGAUUUGAAGAGCGAGGCUGGACGCAAGGAGUUUGAGAAGCUCCUGGAUGACGUGGAUGUCAUCGUAGACGGCUACCGUCCCGGAGCCCUAGAUAAGCUUGGCUACGGAGCAGAGGCCAUGGCCGCAUUGGCCAAGAAGCGCGGCAAAGGUAUUGUUUAUGUGAAUGAAAACUGCUUCGGAUACGAAGGCGAAUGGGCUGGCCGCGCUGGAUGGCAGCAGAUUGCAGACUGCGUCACUGGAAUUGCAUGGGCCCAAGGACAGUUCAUGGGUCUCUCGACACCGGUUGUACCACCCUUCCCGAUCUCCGACUAUGGCACUGGCUGCAUGGGUGCUAUCGCUGCGUUGACUGGUCUCUACCACCGUGCGAAGACCGGUGGCUCGUACCACGGCAAAACCUCGCUGAUGCACUACGACCUUCUGCUCUUUGCAAUGGGCCAAUACCCAGCUGAUGUGCAAGAGGAGCUUCGUAAGGUGCAGCCGCCUGAGUUCUUUAAGCUGCGUCACUGCGACAGCGUUGACCGCAUCUCGUCGACUGUGCUGAAGGGCAUGCAGGAGAGAUUCCCGCACUUGUACAAGCCUGCUGGUUCUGAGUCAGAAGGCCGAAAGCCAUUGACAGAACUGUGGUCAUCCCGCGCAUAUGGUGCGGAUAUCGAGAUUGUGAAGCCAGUUGCGGCUAUUGGUGGAGUGGAUAAUCAGUUUGUGCGAUCUAGUCGUCCGAAUGGAUUUGAUCGAGCAUCGUGGGAGGAGUUCAAAGUCGAGGAGACGGAUGUGAAGAAAUUUUAA